AUGGCCUACAAUACUCUGAGCGCGAAAAGCAAGACCAGCUCGGGGUCGUCCUUUCGCAUCACACCUACAAAUUCACCUGUUCUGAGACCCUCCACACGCUCUUCGAUGCACAAGACACCGCCACAACAGGCAAUCCUGGCCCUCCAGACAGUAAUUGGUACCACCACCAACUCGCCCAGAGGCUUCUCCAGUCAUGCGGGGAGUAAUUCCUUCGCUAUUUGCGCUGGCUCGACCGUCGUCCUAGCGGAAAUAGACGAGAAAAACACCCUCCAGCAACGCUUCUUCAGGGCGCGACCUUCUGCGACCAGUGUCAAUCCUGUCACCUCUUUCUAUAAUACCUCCACUCCUCCCACUACUCCAGAUAGCAGAGCAAAAACUCCUUCGGGUACAAGGUCUGCAGCCCAAAGCGUCCUGCACGGUGGUAAUGCCGGUAAUGAGCUGGUGGAGUGCAAUAGUCCACGUGGAUGGUCAUCUCGGGAAAGAGUGAAAGCAGUCACCAGCGUCGCGAUAAGUCCGAAUGGGGGUCUGCUUGCCGUUGGGGAGAUUGGAUAUGGUCCGAGGGUCCUUAUCUACUCAACCGCCAAAGGCGCCUCUGGUGAAGUCCCACUCUCCAUUCUGACCGAGCAUACGUUUGGGGUGCGUGGACUGGCUUUCAGCCCAGAUUCACAGUAUCUUGCCACCCUUGGCGAUGUCAAUGAUGGAUUCCUGUUUGUCUGGUCCGUGAACCCGAAGACAGGAUCGGCCAGGCUGCAUUCCACUAAUAAAUGCACUUCAUUCAUUCGCGACAUGGCUUGGGUUGGGCAGACUUUGGUCACAGUGGGCACCCGACAUGUUAAGGUUUGGAGGCUGCCGGACGCGAGACCGGGAUCUCCGAAAUCUCGGCUUGCUGCCGAACCAAGCGCCAGUCCAUCAAACCAUACUCCGAAAGCUCUGUCUGGGAGAAAUUGCUUGCUGGGCUCGCUAGCAGAAAGCACGUUCACCAGUGUAGCUAGCGUUUCUGACUGCGAGUCAGUAGUAGGAACAGACACGGGGGCUCUUUGCUUCCUGGAUCAUAACGAGGGAACACACAAGCUGUCUGUUGCCCAUUACUUUGAUUAUGCUAUCACUUCUCUCGCGGUCGAUCUGGGCCGCUCAUGUCUCUGGGUUGGUGGACGUGGCGGACGUAUCCAGUGCAUGACCUUGGCGAAAUUACGUUCAUUAACCGUUCCAUCUUCGCCUGCGUUUUCUGGUAGAUCCUCAGUGGAACCGAGUUCAAAGGGGCCCACCAUCACAUGUAUGGGAUGUCUUGGUCCCAACUUGGUGGCAAUGGACUCUAGCAACGCUCUCAAAAUAUUCUCGACUGAAGACUUGAGUGAUGAUCUGGAUAUCAAUGAUAGUGAUUUGGGAAACACUCUUCAAGCUCACAGGGAUGCUGUCCUUGGUAUCCGUCCAUUCUCGGACCCCAAUGACCUUGGAGCAGAAUUCUAUACCUGGUCACGCAAUGGAGUUGUCAAGUUCUGGGAUGACACAGGCAAGUGCCGGGACUCACGUUCGAUCAUUCUUGAGCAUCCCACCGGGGUCAAUGAGGAUAUCUCCAACGAGCUGAAAGUCUUGUGUGCUACUGAUAACAUGGAUUACUUCUUGUCCGGCGACAAAUUUGGUGUCCUAAGACUCUGGCUGAAUCACCCAUGGAAAUGCAUUCAAGAAGUCCGAGCUCAUAGUGGGGAGAUCACUGAUAUUGCUGUACAUUCCUCCGCCCAGGGUCUUUUUAUUGCUAGCGCCAGUCGCGAUCGCACUAUACAAUUGUUUCUCUGGGCAAAUGAGAGUCUUGAAUUGAUUCAGACCAUGGACGACCACAUUGGAGCUGUCAAUGAAAUUAUUUUCAUUGAUAAUGGAAAGCGACUAGUAUCAUGCUCUGCCGAUCGUACCAUUCAGAUCAGAGAGUGCGUGAGUCGCGAGGCUCACGGCGCGUCUGCUUUCGCGUACUUGGUCUCUAAAGUGAUAACAUUGAAGGCCUCGCCAGUAUCCAUGGCACUACUACCAAAAAAUGAGAACACACUCAUUGUCUCCACUACUGAUCGCUUUGUUCAGCGCAUUGACCUGAGUUCUGGUCGACAAACUCAUUCUUUCCGGACCACUGACGCUGAUUCAACUGAUACAGUGGUCAUGAGCUCCCUAGCUGUCUCUGCCGACGAUCCGGAACAUGAUUCCCCUAGAAUGCUCGUAGGAGUGUCAGGAACAGACAAGUCCAUCCGUGUGUACGACUUGGACAGAGGCGUCCUUCUCGCGGCUGAAUUCGGACAUACCGAAGGAGUUAGCGACGUUUGUCUGCUCUCGAGGAGUUCUAAGUCAUCGAGCCAAGGGAAGAAGUGCUCUCUAGUCAGCUCUGGAAUUGACGGUCUCGUUAUGCUAUGGGAUCUAUCGCUGCUUGCUCAAACACCUCGAGAUUCCGUGCACACUAGUAAUAAGGAAGACGAUGACGCUCCAAUCAAAGCUUCCGCAGUCUCCAAGCCUCCUUUACGCAAAGUCCUGUCCAGGCAUGAGAUUGCCGAGUUUCAGCGGCAGGAGAAUCUUGCGGUCACUCCGACCCCUGCGCGUGGACAUUCUCCAACAUUCUUGCGGAAAUUCGCUAAAUUAUCCCUUUCGCCUUCCCUUAGAUCUGGAAGCACUUCUCCGACCUCACCCGCAUCGACACCCAGUCGCCGCUCACAUACGUCUGGCAUUCAUCGAGACAAAGCACAUACAUCACCCUCACUCUGCAAACAAAAGCCUCCUAGUGCUAAGAAGGCCGUAUGUAGCCGCAAAGAAUCUCGCCGUUCAUCUAUGGACUUCCGGGCUCGUGCUAGGAGUAUGGGGAAAAGCGAUCUCGGCGCACUCGAUACGUCCACCGAACAAGUAUGUCGAACAUUAAAGGCUUACCGUAAAAAGCUCAACAGCUCGACAGAGUAUUUACAUACUCAGAGGGAUUUGGAGAGGGAGCUAGAGCUCACGCUGCGUGUGUUGGCCUCCCGGAACAGGACCCGUGAGACCCUCGAGAACGAUGCCGACAGCAGCGGCAAGGAAAAUCAGAAGAUAUCUCGAAUCGGCAAGUUCCAUGAAGACUCAUAUAGCACCGAGCGACUAUCUUCGAUGCCGGAAGUUCAACGGACAGAUUCGUUCGCGCCCUCAGAGAUCUCUUCCCUUAUUCUGAAUGGCGAUGAUUGA